AUGUUGUUAGUGGUGGGCCAAGAGUCCGUCCCUCUAAAUCUUGACAAAACAGAUGGGGAUGCCACGUGGGUUUUUAAACUUUUUAUUAGGCAUAGAGAGAAAGAUAAUGAGUUCAACGCCGCUGUGAGAAACGAGUUUGUUGAUGAGGGCGCAGAACAACUUCUCCUCUCUAAACUCCGCGCAGGGUUUAGGUAUUCUGGACUGCGAUAUCUGUAUCCCUAUUAA